ACCAACAGAUAGUUAACUGAUUUAGUUCGGGCUGUGGACUUGGUGAUGCAGAAAAUGCUGUUAUCAUCACUUUAAAUAAAUAUUAUCUUGAACAUUCAGAAGUGUGCUGGAUUGAUUUGAAAGGCAGUCAUAGUGUCCUCAGAACUUUAAAUACUAACAGGUCAUUUCUCCUGCUGCUGGUUUGACUCUCUUAAACAAUGUGGCUUUAUAAUUUGUUGUCGGGUUUUGACCUCAAGGGACUAUUCCUGUUUAUUUUUAUUUUUAUCCUCAUUGCCGAUUUCCUGAAAAACAGAAAUCCUCCAAAUUAUCCUCCAGGACCAUUGGGUCUUCCACUUGUGGGGAAUUUCUUCAGUGUGGACAGUAAACAUCCCUACAUUUAUUUUACCAAGCUGGCUGACGUUUAUGGGAAUGUGCUCAGUGUCCGUCUCGGCGGUGACAAGAUGGUGUUUGUGUCUGGGUACAAGAUGGUGAAGGAAGCCAUAGUGACACAAGCUGACAACUUUGUGGAUCGACCACAUAGUGCAGUUAGCAACAGGUUUUACUCAGGAGACUCAGGUGGGAUUUUCAUGAGCAAUGGUGAAACAUGGAGGAGACAGCGACGCUUUGCCUUGUCUACCUUACGUAGCUUCGGCCUGGGUAAAAACACCUUGGAGCAGAGUAUCUGUGAGGAGAUCCGUCACCUGCAGGAGGAGAUAGAGAAGGAGAAAGGUGAACCUUUCAACCCAGCAGGCCUCUUCAACAAUGCUGUGUCCAACAUCAUCUGCCAGCUGGUGAUGGGGAAACGUUUUGACUACAGCGACCACAACUUCCAAAUCAUUCUGAAAUAUCUGUCUGAAAUUAUUUUCCUCGAGGGCUCCGUAUGGGGUCUGCUGUAUGAGUCCUUCCCUGGAGUGAUGAAACACUUGCCAGGUCCCCACAACAAAAUGUUCAGUCGAUUCAACACCGUCCUUGACUUCAUCAGUCAGGAGGUAAAGAGCCACAAGAAGGACCUGGACCACAGCGAUCCCCGGGACUACAUUGACGCUUUUAUCAUAGAAAUGGAAAAACACAAAGAGUCUGAACUGGGCUUCACUGAGAGCAAUCUGGCUCUGUGCUCUCUGGAUCUGUUCCUGGCUGGAACAGAGACAACCUCCACCACUUUGCUGUGGGCUUUAGUUUUCCUCAUCAAAAACCCUGAAAUCCAGAACGAAGUCCAGGCAGAGAUAGACAGAGUGAUCGGACACAACCGACAGCCCAGCAUGGCAGACAGACCCAACCUGCCCUACAGUAAUGCCGUCAUCCACGAGAUCCAGAGGAUGGGAAACAUUAUUCCUCUAAAUGGACUCAGAAUGGCCACCAAGGAUACAACACUGGGAGAUUACAUUGUACCAAAGGGUACGUCCUUCAUGCCCAACCUGACCUCUGUGCUGUUCGACAAAACUGAAUGGGAGACUCCAGACACCUUUAACCCUGGACACUUCCUAGAUGCUGAGGGGAAGUUUGUGAAGAGAGAAGCUUUCCUUCCUUUCUCUGCAGGGAAACGCGUGUGUCUCGGUGAAGGCCUCGCCAAGAUGGAGCUGUUCCUGUUUUUGAUCGGUUUACUACAGAAGUUCUCUUUCUCCGUUCCUGAUGGAGUAGAGUUGAGUACAGAAGGAGUUACUGGAAUUACACGAGUACCACACCCCUUCAAGGUUUACGCCAAGGCUCGCUGAAUCAUACAAUAUCUCACUGAAUCAUUUCCAUCUAACCAAUGUGUAACAAUUAAGAGUUAGUAAAAUGCUUCAUGACAAAUAUCUGUAGUUUUUAUUCUCAAACUUUCACUGUUGAUUGAUGACUGCCUCAUGCACUGAUGACUUGUUUAUUCCCUCUGCCUGUACAUUUAAUCAUGGGUAAUAAAGUUAUUUUUAACUAAAAUAUUCUUGUAUUAAUGCCACUGUUUAUAAGACAUUUCACCUUUGUACCUUGUUAUUAAUGACAAAAUGUAUAGAGAUUUAAUAAACACAAUAAUCCAGCCUG